GAAGGCGGCAUUGAAAUUGCAUGUGGGAGUGAAAGUUUAGCGGGGUAAAACAUCCGUAAGGCACAUAGCAAUCUUUGGGGAGUAAAGCGACGAUUUUGGGACUUGGGCAUGAUAUUAGACAGCCAUCUAUAGGUUUCAAUAAAGGAUCAAGAGGAUUUUUUAAAAAUCGUCUGUGAUAACCUCUUCAGUCUACUGUCUGACUUGACAGACACCACCAUGCUGGCCCCGUGGUCGCUCCCCUACUGCUUCACCAUCCUGCUGGGCCUGUUAAAGCUGUGUCGGGCCCAGUAUGAACAAUUAGGCUACCCACACGGCUAUCCACAGGGCUACCCAGAGCCAGAGCAGGAGCAGUACACUGCCCCGGAGCUGCCACCUGACACACCCAGGAUACAGCUGCGUUUGGCGGGGGAUAAGCGCAAGCACAACGAGGGGCGCGUGGAGGUUUUCUAUGAUGGCGAGUGGGGCACGGUCUGUGAUGAUGACUUCUCUAUUCACUCUGCCCAGGUGGUGUGCAGGGAGUUGGGCUACCUGGAGGCUGUCUCCUGGUCUCCGUCCUCUAAAUAUGGGAAAGGAGAAGGGCGCAUCUGGUUUGACAAUGUCCAGUGCACUGGGAAAGAGAAGACCCUGGCACUGUGCAUGUCCAACGGGAUCGGAGUCUCCGACUGCAAGCACACAGAGGACGUGGGCGUGGUGUGCAGCGACAAAAGGAUUCCAGGAUUUAAAUUCAUCAACACCAUGGCCAAUAAUGUGGAGAGUUUAAACAUUCAAGUGGAGGAUGUGCGUAUCCGGGCCAUUCUGUCGUCGUACCGCAAGCGCGUCCCUGUGACAGAGGGCUACGUGGAGGUGAAGGACGGGGGGAAAUGGAAGCAGAUCUGUGAUGCGGAGUGGACGAAGCACAACAGCAGAGUUAUCUGUGGCAUGUUCGGUUUCCCCGGAGAGAGGAAGUACAAUGCCAGAGUCUACAAGAUGUUUGCUCGCAGGAGAAAGCCCAAUUAUUGGGACUACUCUGUCAACUGCACUGGAAAUGAGGCGCACCUGUCGAGCUGCAAGCUGGGCCAUGCCGUGGCAGCGAAGGCCAACAGCACAUGUGGAGGGGGCACACCUGUGGUUGUCAGCUGUGUGCCAGGAAGAGCCUUCUCCCCAACCCCCAUGACUGGCUUCAGAAAGGCCUUCAGGCAGGAGCAACCGUUGGUGCGUCUGCGAGGUGGCGCCAUCAUAGGGGAAGGUCGUGUGGAGGUGCUGAAGAACGGCGAGUGGGGAACCAUCUGUGAUGAUAACUGGAGCCUGCUGUCAGCCACAGUGGUGUGUCGAGAACUGGGUUUCGGGAGUGCCAAGGAGGCCUUGUCUGGUGGUCGGCUUGGACAGGGUAUGGGCCCAGUCCAUAUGAAUGAGGUGAAGUGUUCUGGGUUUGAGAAGUCCGUUACAGAGUGUUUCUUCAACAAGGAGUCUUUGGGCUGUAGCCAUGAGGAAGAUGCAGCCGUCACGUGUAACGUUCCAGCCAUGGGCUUUCAGGAGAGGCUGCGUCUGAGUGGGGGGCGUAACCCAUACGAGGGGCGCGUGGAGGCGUUGGUGGAGAGGAACGGCUCCUUGGUGUGGGGCACGGUGUGCAGUGAUGGCUGGGGAACCAUGGAGGCCAUGGUGGUAUGCAGACAGCUAGGCCUGGGCUUCGCCAGUAAUGCCUUCCAGGAGACGUGGUACUGGCCUGGAGAGGUUAGUGCUGACCCUGUGGUGAUGAGUGGGGUGAGAUGUUCUGGCACGGAGAUGUCCCUAUCCCACUGCCUGCACCACGGAGCUCACCUGACCUGUCCUAAAGGAGGAGGACGCAAUGCCGCCGGAGUCUCCUGCUCAGAGACGGCCCCUGACCUGGUCCUGAGCCCCCAGGUAGUGGAGCAGACCACCUAUAUGGAGGACAGGCCCAUGUUCAUGCUGCAGUGUGCUUAUGAAGAGAACUGCCUAUCCACCACCUCCAGCAAGACCCCUGCCAACUCCUACCGCCGCCUGCUGCGCUUCUCCUCCCAGAUCCACAACAACGGACAGUCAGACUUCAGGCCCAAGGCUGGACGCCACUCCUGGGUGUGGCAUGACUGCCAUAGGCACUACCACAGCAUGGAGGUAUUCACCCACUAUGACCUGCUCAGCCUCAACGGCACCAAGGUGGCAGAGGGACACAAGGCAAGCUUCUGUCUGGAGGACACUGACUGUGAAGAGGGUAUUGAGAAAAGAUACGAGUGUGCCAACUUUGGAGAGCAAGGCAUCACUGUUGGCUGCUGGGAUACGUACAGACAUGAUAUUGACUGCCAGUGGAUUGACAUCACAGACAUCAAGCCCGGAGAUUACAUAUUCCAGGUUUUUAUUAACCCUAACUAUGAGGUGCCUGAGUCCGACUACUCCAACAACUUAAUGAAGUGUAGAUGUAGAUACGACGGCCACCGUAUAUGGAUGUACAGCUGUCAUAAUGGUGGAUCGUUAAGCACUGAGACUGAGGAGUCCUUCCCUGGGCUACUGAACAACCAGGUGACCCACAGGUAAAAGGAUGGAAGAGAAGAACAGAGCAACCAUCACCACCACAGAGAAACUGCCAAAAUGUCCCCAACCACUAGACCCCCCCCCCCCCCCCCCCCCUAUUUUAUCUUGUCACCAAUAAGACUACAGCUGUUAAGAAUCCCCCUCCUAGUUAGGAAUGCUAUAUGGACAAGCUGCCCACCGCACCUCUUUCAGACAUUCCCUCUCCUUCCUAGGCAGAUCAUUUGAUGUAUCUUUCUGUCAUCUCAAAUUCAAUCCCCUCUCAUUAGUUUAUCCCAAAAGCAGGCAGCCUCUCCCAGCUCUCUGGUUGAGAUCAAGAAGGGACUGAUGCAGUUUCUCACACCCCUGGGUUAGACAUGAAAUAUACAUUCCCAAUGCUCCCCGCUAGAGGUGAUGAUGAGACCAAAUAGCACCUUAUUCCCAAAAUAGUGCACUACUUUUGGGUGCUGUGUAAAUUCUCUGAUGUACAGUAAUGAAAGUGAAUCCUGCUGCACUUUCUUAUUUAAAAAAAAAUGAUAGAACAUUCAAAGGUCAAAGGUAAUUUCCACAGAGGUUGAAUAUCUCUGACAAAAAUCUUUCUUGAACUAUGAACAAAGACAUAUUUGGGAAUACUACAGACUUCAUUGAUCAUGAUCUAAUAAUAGAUUUGCUUUAUAAAGUAAGGGCCUCAUAUAGGCUACUCUCUAAGUAGCUUAAUGACGAUGAGUAUUGAGGACACAGUAUAGUACAAUGCAAUACAUUAGGAUCCAAUAACUAACUGCCAGUAAGUGCAUUGUUGUUGUGAAGUGUUUAACAAACAGAUGUCCUGUGAUGUAGUAAUCUCACCUGUCUUCUAUUUUCUUUUUCUUUGGAAAUGUAGAUGUCAUUAUUUUGAAGUACAAGGUUGUUACCCUCACCAAUAUUUAAGUCUGUGGUAUAGAUUUCUAUGGUCAACAUGCUCUAUCUUUAAGUUAUUCUGUCAUGUUUCCCAUUCUGACAUCUGUAUUCAACCCCAGUACCCGUCCCAAGUGCCUGAGAAGUUCCUUUUCCAAUGUAAAAACUGUGACCAAAUGGCAGACAUUAGUCCACUCCACACCACGACAGUAGUGGCGGUAGUACGGUAGUUAAAAUGGAGGGAUACAACUAAUGUCCCUCAGUGCCUUAUAUUAUUGAGAGAAAUAAAGUCAUUUUUAUUUUCUCAUGCAUAUGUUUCCUUUUCAACAUUCACAAACAAUCUCAUCUUUUCAAGCAAACAUAUUAGUAACUUAUUGUUGUAACAGUCAGGGAUUUUAAUUGCAUUUUUUCCCUUUUUCCUUUCAGUUUUUUUUGUACAAUAAUGUGUGUCUCAUUAUUUCAUUAUACUUUAAAAAGAUAAUGGUGCUACCAAACUGUCAUCCUCUGUUUUAUGAGGGUACAGUACAGUGACAGCUGAAUGGCGACAGUAUGUUAUGCUAACUGUAUACUUGAAUGGAGUGUAAAAAUCCAUAAUGUCCUUUGUUUGAUAACUAUAUUAAAGCAAACAAAUCUAA